AUGGAACGUGGACCCCGAGAAUGCGAAUGCGAGCGGGCCAUUCUCCUGUUGCCCGGUGACUGCGACCACAGACACACUUGGGUGUUGGGGAGCAAGGCUGCAGGACUGGGGAGGACCCAGUACAUGGGGGACCGCCGGCGAAGUCUGUCCCACAGCCACCACAGCUCGGAGGCCGAAGGCGGGCCCGACUGGGGACAGGACGAUGAUGCCCUCGGCGUGCAGGGCACAGUGUUCAGGAGUCCAGGGACCAAGGACACCACGUGCCUGGAUGACGAGGAGUUGAGUUUUGAAGACCGAGAAGCGGAGACCCUCCCAGAGGAGGUGACUGGGGGAGAACCGCCUGGCCCCCGGGCCCCCGAGGAGGCCCUCGAGCCGCUGGAGAGGGUUCUGGAGAAAGAUGCCGAGGACAUACCUGAGAUGAGCCGGCUGUCCAUCACCCAGAGGCUCCCCAGUGCUGCCUCAGCCAGAGGGAUGAGGAGGAGGAGGAAGCGGGUCUUUGAGCUGGCAAAGCCCAAGACCAACUGGCAAGUCCUAAAAGCCAGGAUGGGGUGCUGCUGUAAGGGCUAUGCCUGGGUGUCCCCGUGCAAGAGGAACUUGCAGUUCUGUGUCUACUGGCCUUCUGUGUACUGGACAGAGAGGUUUCUUGAAGACACCACCCUCACUGUCACGGUGCCAGCGGUGACGCGCCGAGUGGAGGAGCUAGCUCGACCUAAAAGGUUCUACUCGGAGUAUUUCAACAACAACAGGAGCACCUCCGUCUGGCCCGUUCCUCGCCCUACUCUGGAAUACCAAGCUUCCAGUCGCCUGAGGGAACUGGCCACCCCGAGGGUCCGGAAUAACAUUUGGAGCAUAAACAUGUCUGAGGUGUCCCAAGUAUCCAAGGCAGCCCAGAUGGCCAUCCCCAGCACAAGGAUCCUACGGCUGGCAAAGCCCAGGGCCCCAGCCACCCUGUUGGAAGAGUGGGACCCCAUGCCAAAACCCAAGCCGCACGUGUCAGACUACAAUCGCCUCCUUCACUUGGCCAGUAAGUAG